AGUGGCCAGGAACCCGGGUCCUGUGGGGUCGGCUUUCAGGAGUCUGGGCUUCAGUGACCACUUUUCUAAUCCGAACUGAAAGAUGAGCUUGUUAAUACUCACCAAUCUUUAAUGUGAAGAUUGACCAGAUUUGCUACGUAGCGUUUUGUUUUAUUGUUCGAAUGUGAUUACUAACAGUUUUCCUCACUGUUUUUAGUUGACUCACGAUUUCGUUAGAAGUACAUUUUCUGUUUGAGAUAAGGUUGAGUUAUGCUAGAGCUGAAACAUUGCCUUAUGGCCUAUGUCGUGAUUUCUUGUUAUCUCUAGUGAGCCCCGGAUCUUCUUACAACUCCAGCCGACCUCUUCCCAGUGGUUCUGGCUGAGUUUGCAGAUGAACACUGAGCUGGCAGCUCCUCAGAGUACAAGGAUUAAGGCCUGGUGUGGCCAUGCCAGCUAAUUGGAUCUCAACUCGGCAGUCCUCAGUUGUGGCUCCGGAGGAUCAUGGAGGCUCACGUGAGGGUUCAGUGACCUUCAGGGAUGUGGCCAUAGAUUUCAGCAGAGAGGAAUGGCAGCACCUGGAACCUGCUCAGAGGAAUCUCUACUGGGAUGUGAUGCAAGAAACCUUCAGCCACCUGCUCUCAGUAGGGUUUCCCGUUCCUGAGCCGGGGGUUUUCAUGUUGGAGCAAGGAAAGGAGCCACAGGAAUUGCAGAGUAAGAGCACACGUCAGUUCUGUACCGGAGAGAAAUUAUGGAACCAUAAGAAACAUGCAACACGUCUCAGUUGUAAACCAGCAUCCUCCCAGUGUCAGAAAAGUCAUACAGGGGAGAAGCCCUAUGUUUGUGCCGAAUUUGGAAAGGUCUUCGCUGAGAAAUCACUGUUCAAAGUGCAUCUGAAAGCUCAUACAGGGAAAAAACUCUAUGUAUGUAUUGAAUGUGGGAAGGCUUUUGUACAGAAGCCAGAGUUUAUUAUACAUCAAAAAAACCACACUAGAGAAAAACCUUACAAGUGUAAUGAGUGUGAAAAAUCUUUUUUCCAAGUGUCUUCUCUGUUCAGGCAUCAGAGAAUUCAUACUGGGGAAAAGCUCUAUGAAUGCAGUGAAUGUGGGAAAGGCUUUUCUUACAAUUCAGAUCUCAUUAUACAUCAGAAAAUUCACACUGGAGAGAGACACCAUGAAUGCACUGACUGUGGCAAAGCAUUCACACAGAAGUCCACACUCAAGAUGCAUCAGAAAAUUCACACAGGUGAGAGAUCCUAUAUAUGUAUUGAAUGUGGUCAGGCCUUCAUCCAGAAAACACACUUGGUUGCACACAGGAGAAUUCAUACGGGAGAAAAGCCAUAUGAGUGCAGUAACUGUGGAAAAGCUUUCAUUUCCAAGUCGCAACUCCAGGCGCAUCAACGAAUUCACGCAAGAGGGAGGUCUUACAUAGGCACUGAAUAUGGGAAAGUCUUGAACAAUAGUUCAAACCUCAUUAUACCAAAGAAAGUACAAAUUAAAGAGAAAUCUUCAGUAUGUACUGAAUGUGGGAAAGCAUUUAACUACAAGUCAGAGCUAAUUAUACAUCAGAGAAUUCACACUGGAGAGAAACCUUAUGAAUGCAGUGACUGUGGGAAAGCCUUUACCCAGAAGUCAGCACUCACAGUGCAUCACAGAAUUCACACAGGAGAAAAGUCUUACAUAUGCCUGCAGUGUGGCCUGGCCUUCAUCCGGAGGACACACCUGAUGGCACAUCAAAUAAUUCAUACAGGUGAAAAACCUUAUAAAUGUGCUUACUGUGGGAAAUUCUUUACUUCCAAGUCACAACUUCAUGUGCAUAAACGAAUCCAUACAGGAGAAAAGCCGUAUGUGUGCGGUAAGUGUGGGAAGGCCUUCACAAACAGAUCAAAUCUUGUGACGCAUCAGAAAACUCAUACGGGAGAGAAAUCCUAUGUAUGUCCUAAGUGCGGAAAGGCCUUCACCCAGAGGUCAGAUUUGAUUACUCAUCACAGAAUCCACACUGGAGAGAAGCCUUAUGAAUGUGUCACCUGUGGAAAAGCCUUCACCCAGAAAUCACACCUUAACAUUCACCAGAAAAUUCAUACUGGAGAGAGACAGUAUGAAUGCCAUGAGUGUGGGAAAGCUUUCAACCAGAAGUCAAUCCUCAUGGUGCAUCAGAAGAUUCACACAGGAGAGAAACCCUACGUGUGCACCGAGUGUGGAAGGGCCUUCAUUCGCAAGUCCAACUUUGUCACUCAUCAAAGAAUCCAUACUGGAGAGAAACCUUAUGAGUGUAGUGAUUGUGGGAAAUCCUUCACGUCCAAGUCUCAGCUCCUGGUACAUCAGCCAAUUCACACAGGAGAGAAACCCUAUGUGUGUGCUGAGUGUGGGAAAGCCUUUAGUGGAAGGUCAAAUCUCAGUAAACAUCAGAAAACUCACACUGGAGAAAAGCCUUAUUUCUGUUCUGAAUGUGGGAAGACUUUCAGACAAAAAUCAGAGUUAAUUACACAUCAUAGAAUUCAUACCGGAGAGAAACCUUAUGAGUGCACUGAUUGUGCAAAAUCUUUCACUAAGAAAUCACAGCUGCAAGUACAUCAACGAAUACACACUGGAGAGAAACCUUAUGUGUGUGUUGAGUGUGGGAAAGCAUUCACUGACAGAUCAAAUUUGAAUAAACACCAGACAACACACACUGGUGACAAGCCUUACAAGUGUGAAGUGUGUGGAAAAGGCUUUGUUCAGAAGUCAGUGCUCAGUGUGCAUCAGAGUAUUCAUAUUUGAGACAAAGUAGGAAAAAUCUUAAUGAGCACAUGUGUAUAAUGUGAAUCUAGUCACUAGACCUCUGUAUGUUAUCAAGAGGAUACAUCUAUAUCAGUGUCAGAGUGAAGAGGAGGACGACUGGGAAGACACGAUGAACUCCUAACCCAUUGCCACCAGGCUCACUAAACCUUGGGACUUUGAUACUGAGUAGCAGCUGAAUCAGUUUGAUGCCUUAAUGAGAAAUGCUGUUUGAAAUGUGACGGAAAAUUGCUUCUCAGCAUUUUGGCUAAAAUCAAAUGAAGUAUCUUCUUAUCUGUUUAAAAUAUAAUGCAAUGCUAUUAGAAAAAUUUUUAGGGAAGAUUACGUUAAAACUGGUCAAUCCUGUUUUCUGUGGAAUAGGGAUAGUGCCAAUGAAGUAGUU